AUCUCCCGGCGCCCGGCGAAGCGGGGGGGAGGCGCUGGGUGUGGGGCGGCUCCGGGGCCGGGGAUGGCGGCGGCCGCGGCUGCGGCGGCUCCGGGACGUGAGAAAGAAGCCCGGGGAGUGCCGUGAGAUGGGCCGGCUCCCAGGCCAGUCGGGUGGAGACUGCUUCUUACUACAGCUGCUCGGAAGCACCACUAGAUGCUCAGAUGUGGGCACCCCGGCCAACAGCAGCAAGGGGUGCAGGGAAGCCACAGAGAAGCCCCUUCUGAUGCCUCAAGGAGCAAGCCGACCCCUUCCUGACUCUAGGAAUACCACAAAGCAAUAUGAAACCUGUUCAUGAGAGGAGUCAGGAAUGCCUUCCACCAAAGAAACGAGACCUCCCCGUGACCAGCGAGGAUAUGGGGAGAACUACCAGCUGCUCAACUAACCAUACACCCUCCAGUGAUGCCCCUGAAUGGUCCCGGGGGGUUGUAGUGGCUGGGCAGAGCCCGGCAGGAGCCAGAGUCAGCCUGGCGGGUGAUGGAGCUGAGGCCAUCACUGGUCUGACAGUGGACCAGUAUGGCAUGCUGUAUAAGGUGGCUAUGCCACCUGCCACCUUCUCACCAACUGGCCUCCCAUCGGUGGUGAACAUGAGCCCCUUGCCUCCCACAUUUAAUGUAGCGUCUUCACUGAUUCAGCAUCCAGGAAUCCACUAUCCCCCAAUCCACUAUGCUCAGCUCCCAUCCACCUCUUUGCAGUUUAUCGGGUCUCCCUAUAGCCUUCCCUAUGCUGUGCCACCUAACUUCCUACCAAGUCACCUUCUUUCUCCUUCUGCCAACCUCACCACCUCUCACCUUCCUCACUUUGUGCCAUAUGCCUCACUCCUGGCAGAAGGAGCCACUCCUCCUCCCCAGGCUUCAUCCCCAGCCCACUCAUUCAAUAAAGCCCCCUCAGCUGCCUCCCCACCUGGCCAGUUGCCACAUCACUCGAGUACUCAGCCACUGGACCUUGCUGCAGGCCGCAUGCCCAUUUAUUAUCAGAUGUCCAGGCUGCCUGCUGGGUAUACCUUGCAUGAAACCCCUCCGGCAGGUGCCAGCCCAGUUCUUACUCCUCAGGAGGGCCAGUCUGCUCUGGAAGCAGCUGCUGCAAAUGGAGGACAGAGACAACGAGAGCGAAAUUUAGUACGACGGGAAAGUGAAGUCCUUGACUCCCCCAGCAACAAAGGUGAAGGUCAAGGACUGGUGCCAGUGGUGGAAUGUGUGGUGGAUGGACAGUUGUUUUCAGGUUCUCAGACUCCACGGGUGGAGGUAAUGGUGCCAGCACACCGGGGAACUCCAGACACAGACCUUGAGGUCCAGCGAGUGGUUGGCGCUUUAGCUUCUCAGGACUAUCAUAUGGUGGCAGCUCAGAGGAAGGAUGAACCCAGCCCCCUCAACCUGUCACAUCAUACCACCGACCAUCAGGGUGAGGGGCGAGGGGCAGCCAAGAACCCAGCAGAGAUGGCAGAGAAACAUCAAGCCCGUGGCUUCUACUCUCAGUCCCAUCCGGAACUGGUGAAACAUAGACCUUUACCCAAAGCAAUGGUUGUAGCCAAUGGCAACCUGGUGCCCACUGGAACGGACCCAGGCCUGCUGCCCAUGGGCUCAGAGAUCCUGGUGGCAUCAAGUCUGGACAUGCAGGCUAGAGCCACCUUCCCAGACAAGGAGCCAACACCACCCCCCAUUACCUCCUCCCACUUGCCCUCCCAUUUCAUGAAAGGCGCCAUCAUCCAGCUGGCCACUGGGGAGCUGAAGCGAGUGGAGGACCUCCAGACCCAGGAUUUUGUGCGCAGUGCCGAAGUGAGUGGGGGGCUGAAGAUUGACUCGAGCACAGUCGUGGACAUUCAGGAGAGCCAGUGGCCUGGAUUUGUCAUGCUGCAUUUUGUGGUUGGAGAACAACAGAGCAAAGUGAGCAUCGAGGUGCCCCCCGAACAUCCCUUCUUCGUCUAUGGCCAGGGCUGGUCCUCCUGCAGCCCUGGGCGGACUGCACAGCUCUUCUCUCUGCCCUGCCAUCGGCUCCAGGUGGGAGAUGUCUGCAUCUCUAUCAGUUUACAGAGCUUGAACAGCAACUCAGUUUCUCAGGCCAGCUGUGCUCCCGCAGGCCAGCUGGGUGCCCCCCGAGAAAGGCCUGAGAGGACAGUGGUGGGACCCAGAGAGCUAUGUGACAGUGAGGGGAAGAGCCAGAUGUCAGGAGAGGGAUCACGUACGGUAGAGCCCAGCCAGCCUGAGCCGAGUGCUCAGGCCUGCUGGCCAGCUCCAAGCUUCCAAAGAUACAGCGUGCAAGGGGAGGAGGCACGGGCCACCCUGCUCCGUCCCUCUUUCAUUCCACAGGAGGUAAAACUGUCUAUUGAAGGGCGUUCCAAUGCCGGAAAGUGA